AUGGCCUUUACUUGGUCCAAAAUCACUUACAUGAGACUGGACCCUAUUUUCCUAACAAAGGAAACGUUGCGCCUAUACCCUGCUGCUCCACUAUCCGUGAUCCAUGAGGCCAUUGAAGACUGCACAGUAAAUGGGUACCAUGUCUCUGCUGGCACUUGGCUUAUAUUUAAUCUUCAAAAGAUUCAUCGCGAUCAGCAAGUGUGGUCAGACCCUUGUGAAUUUCGACCAGAAAGAUUUUUGACUACCCACAAAGAUGUUGAUGUGAGGGGACAGAACUUUGAACUGAUUCCAUUUGGCAGUGGAAGAAGAAUGUGCCCCGGAGUUUCAUUUGCGCUUCAGAUUUUGCGGCUUACACUGGCUAAUGUGCUGCAUUGGUUCGAGUUUGAAACACCGUCAGAUGAACCAGUUGAUAUGCGUGAGGAAGCAGGAUUGACAAGUCCUAAAGCAACUCCACUUGAAGUUCAUAUAACUCCUCGACUUCCUGCUUUCCUUUACGAGUCCACCAACUAA